AUGAGGAUAGCCCGAGCGGUGUGCUGGCUGGUGAUCAGCUACACGGUGGUCGGCGUCGGAGAAGGAAGCCUGGGGAGGAGACGGCUGCGGCGACAGGGCGACGUCCUCUCCGAGUUCUUCCCCCGAGCUGGAAGACCAGCGAGACCCGUCCUUUUCGUGGAGCAGGAGAAGGAGACCGCCAUCGCCGCCGUCGAGUCGCCGGAGUUGCAGUCUCAGUCAGGUACGAAGGAUGGUGACAGGAUAAAGGAGCUCCCAGGGCAGCCGGUUGGGAUAGAUUUCAAGCAGUACGGAGGCUACGUCAUCGUCGAUGGCGGCGCCGGGAGGGCGCUCUUCUACUACCUCGCAGAGGCUGCCGGCGGCGACCCUUCCUCUCGGCCUCUCCUGCUCUGGUUCAAUGGAGGUAAGGAGAAGGCUUUACCUGCCCCGAGGAAGAGCUCCUCGCUAGGAACACGAUGGAAGUCCUCCGCUUGUGACCUCGUAUGCCACCCUGGUUUUCUCUCAGGCCCGGGGUGCUCUUCCCUCGGUUUCGGCGCCAUGGAGGAGCUCGGGCCUUUCCGGGUUCGCAGCGAUGGCCGGACGCUCUUUCGAAACCCAUUUGCAUGGAAUUCAGGUACGCUUCUCUCUCUGCGUCUUCCUUUCUCUCUCUUUCUUCUUCUUCGUCUUCUUCUUCUAUGUGUGGAAGACUAAUAAGCGAUGGUGGGGGAUUGAGUAGUGGCCAACGUGCUGUUCUUGGAAAGCCCAGCGGGCGUUGGGUACUCGUACUCCAACACGACGGCGGACUACCGGAGUUGCGGAGACAGGAGGUCGGCCGCGGACACCCUCGUCUUCCUAGUGAACUGGCUGGAGAGGUUCCCGGAGUACAAGCGCCGGGAUCUCUACGUCGCCGGAGAGAGCUACGGCGGCCACUUCGUCACCCAGUUGGCGUCCCUCCUCCUCCACAACCAGUCUCACAACGCCACCUUCUUCAACCUUAAAGGAAUCCUCGUACGUCUCAUCGCUCCCUCUCCUUCUCUCUCUCUCUCUCUCUCUCUGCGUCACGUUUAUGAUGAGGCCAGAUGGGGAAUGCGGUGAUGAACGACGAGACGGACUUCAAGGGGAUGUACGAGUUCUUCUGGAGCCACGCGCUGAUCUCCGACGAGGCUAUCGAAGGGAUCCGCAUGUUCUGCAACUUCUCCCUCCUGGACCUGGGCUACAGCCGGAGCCCUGACUGCCAGCAGGCCCUCGAGCUGGUCGACGGGAUCUUUGGCCAGUCGCUCGACCUCUACGACAUCUACGGGCCUCCCUGCACCUCCGGCAGCCUCACCGCCAUCCCCAGGAGAGCCUCUGUAAGCUGAUCUCCUAAUUCCCGGAGCUUAUGAAGUUGGUCAGAUUCCUCCGAUGAUCUUGUCCUUCUCCGGGUGAUAUAUGUUUGGCGGCACUCGCAGGUCAACGAAUUCGACCCUUGCUCGGAUUUCUACGUGGAAGCGUAUCUGAACCGCCCCGAGGUCCAGGAGGCCCUCCACGCUAACCUCACCAAGCUCGGUUACCCCUGGAGAGCCUGCAGGUCCCAUCAGCAUCACCCUACCAGCUUCGUUCUCUAUCCGCCUAUUAGGGUUUUGGGCCUCAACACAGUCGCUGAAUCCCCUCGGCGAUCUUCUCUUCUUCUUCCUCUUCUUCUCAGCAAGAUGUUAGUGGGCUGGAAGGAUAAGGCGAAGACCGUCCUGCCGCUGGUGCGGAAGCUCAUGGGACAUGGAGUCCGCGUCUUGGUGUACAGGUAAGCUUGGGUUGGAAACCUUCCGGAUUGCCGGAGAGUUCUAAAAAUAAUCUCCGAGUUCCUGCGCAGCGGUGAUGUCGACGGCGUGGUUCCCGUCACCUCCACCAGGUUCUCCAUCGACACCCUCAGCCUCCCCGUUGAAUCCCCCUGGCGGCCAUGGACAGCCCACGGAGAGGUAAAGACCCCCCCCCUCCCUCCCUCCUCCUCCUCCUCCGCUGACGACGAUCACUCUCUCUCUCUGGCUGUGGUUCUUGUUCUUGUGAAGGUGGGAGGGUAUGUGGUGGUCUAUGAGGGGGGGCUGAUGUUGGCGACGGUGAGGGGGGCGGGGCACGAGGUGCCGAGCCACCAGCCGUCCAGGGCUCUCCUGCUCGUGAAGUCCUUCCUGAGAGGGAAGCCGCCGCCGCCUUCUUCAUGA